CAGCGGAGAGCACACCUCUUCCUGAUAUAACUACAGCAGGUUUCUCAACUACUAUGACGAUAAUGGAAACCAGUACUACAACAGAUGUGACUACCACAACGCUAAGAGAAAAGAACAAUACGAUCAGUACCACCGUUGAAAACACAAUCUUAGAAGAGACAUCUUCUCAUGUUCGAGACACAUCGAUUGCCACAUCUGAAGAAACAUCAGUCACUCCAGAACCAGGACAUUUCUCUUCCUCUUCAGGUGAAACUACAAGUAAGCUCAGCCUUUUAAGUCAGACUACAGCAACUCAACGUUCCCCAUUCAUGGUGGAGACCACAGAGGACGUGACAAGCAUCCCUUUCACCAGGUCGCCAUCUGAAAUAACAGCUUAUAUGACUCAUCCCAUUAGUACGGCUGAGGAAUUACUGCUCACACCUACAACACCGACACCCGAUUCCUUUUCACCUCUUGAAACAACAACUACCACUGGCAUUUUGACAGAUGAGGACACUGCUAGUCCUUCAGCAGAAGUAGAUGCCAGAACUAUAGAAGUAGAUGCUACCAGCUCCUUCUUUAACAUCUCAUCUGUUGAAACUCCACCAGCCUUCCAUAUCUCUACAGAUGUCACUCCAACAACUCUCCAUUCAGUUACAUCACCACUUGAAGCAACAACUGCUGAAACUCCACCUACCUUGAUUCUAACUUCAGAAUCCAGUUCAUCUACCUUAAGUCCUACUUGGUCACACACUUCUACAGCCCUUUCUUCCCCUCCAUCUACCUUGAGCACCACUCCAGAACUUACUUCACCUACCUUGAACACCACUCCAGAACCCACACAUUCUACUUUGAUUCCUACUCCAGAAACUACUGCACCUGCAUUGAGCACCGUUCCAGAACCCACUCGAUUUACUCACUUGAGCACCUCUUCAGAACCCAUGUCAUCUACUUUGAUUCCCACUCCAGAAUCCUCUUCAUCUACCUUGAACACAACUCCAGAACCUAUUCCAUUUACCUUGAACACCACUCCAGAAUCCACUCCAGCUACCUUGAUUCCCACUCCAGAAUCUACUCCACCUGCCUUGGGCACCACUCCAGAACUCACUCAAUCUACUUUGAAUACCACUUCAUCUACCUUGAUUCCCACUCCUGAAUCCUCUUCAUCUGCCUUGACCAUCAGUUCAGAACCCACUCCAUCUACUUUGAGCACCUCCCCAGAACCCACUUCAUCUACUUUGAGCACCUCCCCAAAACCCACUCCAUCUACUUUGAGCACCUCCCCAGAACCCACUCCAUCUACUUUGAGCACCUCCCCAGAACCCACUCCAUCUACUUUGAGCACCUCCCCAGAACCCACUUCAUCUACCUUGAGUCCUACUUUACCACCCACUUCAGCUCCAUUUACUUUCAACACCACCAUGAAACCCAUUUCUAUAGCCCUCUCAUCCAUUACAUCAGCACCCGAAACAACACCUGAAACAGCACCUGAAACAGCACCUGAAACAGCACCUGAAACAACAGCACCUGAAACAUCUCCCUUGAGCACCACUCCAGAAACUACUCCAUCUGCCUUGAGCACCACUCCAGAACCCAGUUCAUCUGCCUUGAGCACCACUCCAGGACCCACUCCAUCUUCCUUGAGCACCACUCCAGGACCCACGUCAUCUACCUUGAGUCCUACUUUACCACCCACUUCAGCUCCAUUUACUUUCAACACCACCAUGAAACCCGUUUCUAUAGCCCUCUCAUCCAUUACAUCAGCACCUGAAACAACAGCUUCUUCUGGCACGUUAGCAGAUGAAGUCACAACUGUUACUUCAAGUGAAAUAGGUACUAGCUCUACAGUCGGUACAACUACUGCUAACAGUUCAGCUGCUGAAACUCCAUCUACCUUCAGAACCACUGUAGAACCCAGUUCUAUAGCCCUCACUUCCCUUACAACGACAAUUUUUACCACCUCACCUCUUGGAACCACAUCUAUUUUUACCACCACCCCAGAGAUGACCUCAACAGCUCCCCAUUUACUUACAACAACCCUUGAAACAAUAACCACCAGCAGCAUUUUUGAAGAUUGGAACUCAACUAGGACUUCUGGAGAAGCAGCUACCACCAUUAUAGUAGAUACUACCACCAAAGCCCCUUCACCAACUCCUACUACUGUGUUGAUGAAAACGACAACUACUAUAGCCAGUGCCAGCAGAAUCACCACCAGUAAUUUGGACAAAGUGGCUUCUACCCCAAGAGAUGUCACUACCACCAUCAGCACCUCAGCAGCUAAAACACAAAGAUCUUCAGUUGCCACCACUGCUAAUGCCACGCUGGAUGGAUUAAGAGCUACGACAAAAGUCCGAACCUCACCAGGUACCACCACAUCUUGGCCAACCAGCCAACAGCCAUUGACACCUGAUCUAGGAAAGGUACGAUUCAUCUUGUCCAUGCACCUGGCCACAUCCAUGAACAUCACGGACCCCGCCGUCAGAGACGCCGUUGUGAAGAAGUUCCAUCAAGAUUUGGAUGCCAGGUUUCCCGGUGCCGGCUUCCGGUUAAAAUGGCUAGAGUAACAGCAGGGAUGAGUGGGAAAUCACUGGAAGACCCACAACUUUCGGAACUGAAGAUAGAAGGCAUCUAAAUGGAGGAGAGGAGAAUAUUCAUUGUCAUUGUCAUCCAAGCACCAGUUCUGACAUGAUCUUGUGCAACCAUUUUGGUCUCAAUCCAGGCAGUAUUCUGAUAUGUGUCAUGAAUAACUUUUCAAUAACUUUAAAUCAUUGGUUCUUUUUAUUGCAAUUUCCAGUGUGAGAGGGUAGAUCAGAAUGUUUACAGAACUUUUACACAAAGAAUGACAUUGGACAUACAGAUAUACAGAUUCUAUGCAACUACAUUGGAUUUACAAUUACAUGGCUAGCAAACAAGCAAAGGGGAAUUACAUUUUUAAUCACCAUUCAGACACAUAGAAUCAUAGGAUCAAAGAGUUGGAAGAGACCUCAUGGGCCAUCCAGUCCAACCCCAUUCUGCCAAGAAGCAGGAAUAUUGCAUUCAAAUCACCCCUGACAGAUGGCCAUCCAGCCUCUGUUUAAAAGCUUCCAAAGAAGGAGCCUCCACCACACUCCGGGGCAGAGAGUUCCACUGCUGAACGGCUCUCACAGUCAGGAAGUUCUUCCUCAUGUUCAGAUGGAAUCUCCUCUCCUGUAGUUUGAAGCC